AUGGCUUCGAAGACGAUUGUUUUGAUCAGCAAAGAAGGGCAGAACUUCGAAGUAAACGAAGCCGCCGCGAAGCUUUCGAAAACCGUGGAGAACAUGAUUGAAGACGGGUGCACCGAGGGCGGAAUCCGGCUGACUAACGUGGAUUCGGCGACGCUCGUGAAGGUGCUCGAGUACUGCAACGCCCACGCCGCCGCCGCCGCUGAUGUGGAUUUGAACAAGUUCGAUUCCGAUUACAAGAAGAGUCUCGAGGAUGAUCGUCAACAGAAGAUGCUGUUUGAUCUGAUUGAGGCGGCAAAUUACAUGGAUAUUGAAAGUCUUCUGAAUCUGACGUGUCAAGAGGUGGCGGAUAUGAUGAAGGGUAAGACUCCGGAUCAAAUACGCACAAAAUUCCACAUAAAAAACGACUAUACUCCAGAACAAGAAGCUGAGGUUAGAAGGGAGAAUCAAUGGGCGUUUGAAUGAAUUCAUGGGACUAUUUUUGACUUCUUUUUUUUUG